AUGGCAGCAGAGGUACAUCCUUUGAUGUGGCCGCCGAGCGCGUGGGCGGCGCAAGAAGCUCGUGGACAACUGCGUAGUAGUUUAUAAAAAGGUUACUGACUUCACAUAACACAAAGAAAACGAAUUAGGUGAGGUUAGUGUGGGCCUUACAAAGAAAAUCCAUCCAUCCAGUUCCACCUCCCCUCGUGUCUGGAGCUGCAGAGUCCAUCACCGCGAUGAUCAGGCGCGUAGCGGGGAAACACUUGUUGUGCCUCCUUCUGCUCGCCUUUCCUCUGGCCUGGGCAGUGUACACGAAGAAAGACGCCAGGACGACACAGAAAAACGACACAGGUUGGGGCCAGGCCAAAAACAGACGACUCUUUGCAAGACGAAAGAUCAUUCUAGAGAAGGACAAACAUGCUCCUCAGAGGCUGCACACGGCUCUCCUGACCCUCCCACGUCGUUGCAGUCGGCUGAUGGAGAGCUGCUCGAGUUGGACCCUGUGCUGUGACCCGUGUGCCUCCUGUCACUGCCGCCUCUUCAAUACCAUCUGCCACUGCUGGAGGACCAACCCCCUGUGCCUAAAGAGGACUUAGAGCCCACGACACCACUGUACACUUCAUUAACAUCAUACUUAUGAAGAGGGCUAAUGCAAGCCAAAAAAAUUUGGAAAUCUACCAAACCUCUGUUUGAAGUUAAACUCUAACUGAAGGAGUACAAAGGAAAGUUCAACAGCAUAAUUUGUAACAAUAAUAAAAGUUAUUUCCACAGGUAUAUGUAAUACAUAUAAUAAUAAUACAUUUUCUAAUGUCAUUUCAGCAUAAAGGUAGAUACUAGAUUAAACACUCCUUCAUAAGGAAAAAAAAACAACAACAAAAAACAUGUCAGUUUAAUAUUUAAUAUAUUUGUUUUCACACACAGGCAAUUGCAUUUAUCUUAAAAAGUAAUAUAAUGUUAUUUAGACAUUAUGGAAGAGGUUUAAGACAGUGGUAAAUGGUCACAUUUUAUGUAGUGCUUAAACUUAUUCUAUCUUUAUACUUUUUUCAUUUAUUCAUAAAUAGUUUCUGUAGGUAUGGAUAAUUUACCAGUAUUAUUCUCAUGUUACAGAGACAUUUGUGUACAGCAAGUUCAGUAGGUUCACACUUGACUAAAUGUUAUUUUAUUAGUAAGAAAUCCUCUCAGUUGAACACAAUAACAUACAUGUAGUCAUUGUGAUUAUUUGAGAUGUGAAACUGAAUGUACUAUAACACCAGCACUUAAUUGUGACUUAUGAUAAUCUUAUUAAAGCUUAGAUACUGAUCAU